GUGAGAUAACCUACAAAACGCCUCGAAAAUAUGUCAAAUGUCGUAACGUGUUUUGCUUUAACAUUUCUCGAAAUCGUCAAUAAGAAUAUACAUUUAUUGAACAGUAACUUUAAAUGGUAGCUUUAGUACAAGUUGAGCAACAUAAAAGUCUGAAAAUAUUAGUGAUCAUCGCGACGAUUCUUAAAUUUUAGUAAUAUUCAGAGUACUCUGCAGUGCAAUAAAGUACAUAUUUGAGUUUAGAGUUAUUUGGCUAAGGGGUAGAUUAUAAACAAUUUUGUUUAGCCAAUUUUUAAUAUAAAUCAAUUCGACAUGGAUCUAAUGCAAAAUCCUACAUUUAAAACAAAGUACCAAAAACACAAAAUGCGAGUGAAAUUUUGGGAAAGUGAAUUUAUGGAAAAGUUUGGGCGCAGACCUACUAAGAAUGAUAUUAAGGUAGCUGACCCAUCCAUUCGCGAAGCUUAUAAAAUGUACUUUAAGUUAAAAACUAGAGCUUUAGAAGAAACAUUAACUGAUAUCACAUUUUUUGAAGAUACUGAACAAAAUAUUUUACCUAAUGAAAGUCUAUCAGAAAGCAUUAUUCAACAAAAUAGUAAGGGCGAUGAUAAUAAAGAAAAAAUACAGUCUAAAGAUGAUUUUGAAAAUACAUGCCCUAGCGGCACUGUUUUACCUCCUAUGCAAGAAACGGUAACUUUAGUUCACGAUAAUGUGAAUGUAAAAGGGGUAUGGGAUAAACUCUUAGAUGUAAAGCAAGAGCCUAGAAAAAGAUGUACAACGCUAAAAAAGUCUUCAUCUUUUCAAUUGUCUCUACGGAAAUGUAAUUCCCUCAGUGCUCCUAAGAGGAAUCCCAGAAAAGCUAGUUCAUUUAGAAAAUCUAAUAUAUUAAAAGAAAAAUUAUCCAGAGAAAAGAAUGAAAAAGAAGUGGAAAGGAGCGAGGAAUUGGACAUUUCAGAUUUAAUGGAAUCCUCUUUUAAUGACAGUCUUAAAGUAACUCAAGCUGAAAAGAAAAGUUCUACAUCAACAACCAAUACCAUUCAACAAUUGAUAGAGAAAAAUCCAACUUCAUUAACUUAUAAUAAACAAUUGAAUUUAGGUUGGUUGAGCAGAUGUACUGGAGAUGAAAUUUUAGAUAACAGUAUAGCAGAUCCACACAGGCUAUCAGGAAAUAGUGAUUCUGGAUUAGAAUCUAUGGAUUAUGUUCAUACAUCCAAAGAAAGUAUUGAAACAAGAAACUCAUCUAAUGACAAAAUUCAGUCCGACGAAGAUUAUGUUUGUAAUAGUGAUUCAGAAGAGGAGCGCAGGAGUAAACGUAAACGAAAUUUCAAAAAAAUUUUCAAUGAUAGUGAGACUCAACCAUCUAAAAAGCCUUGUGUCAAUAAUAUUGUUACUGCAACACAAAAUCAAAGAGACAAAGGUAGUGUUAUGAAAAUUAGUAGCUGUGGAAUGGUACAAAAGUCUUCAACUGCUGGUGAUAUACCUGAAGCGUUGAGUAAAUACAUGCUUAAUUCAAAUGAUGAAAAUGAAGUUGUUUCUUCUGUUAAAAAAGGUGAAUCACAUACCGCUAAAAUACCAAUUACUCCAGCAACUAAUUUAAGUAAAGAAGAUGUAGAUAAAGAUGUACAAAAUGCUACAGGAAAUGGAUCCUAUAGACUUUAUAAAACUAAAAAUGCUUCUACACCUGAAGAAAAAAAGACACGUAAACCAAGAAAAGGUAAAGUCAAAGCAAAGAUAACCACAACUACUAUAAGGAGAACUCGAAAAUCUGUUAAGAAUAAGCCAUUAGAUAAUUAUACCUUUCAAAAUAAUGAUGAAGUUGAAGGUAAUGCCUAUAGUGAACCAGACCAAAUAUCUGAGUACAACAUAGAAUCAUUAGAUGUAGUUCCUCGUGUGCCUCUUCAUGCUUCAAUAUCAAGUAGCAAUCUCAUAACAAGUUUCUCACGUGUUCUUGGACUAUCUGAUGCUAAGGAAGUUGAAAGAGAUGAUCUUGCAGCAGUUAAAUAUAGUAAAAAUUUGUCUGAUAAAGAAAAAUUUGAACGUAAAGUAGCUUCAGGAAAUUUAAAUGAUAACUAUGUGAGAAUAAAUUUGAAAAAAAAAGUAUUUGUCAGAGGUAAAAAUACCUUCAACUUUUCAAAGUACAAGAAAAGUCAAUGGAAAAAAAAGAGAAAAGAAUUAGCUUCAAGUGAGAAAUAUUUAGAAUUUGCGGAUUCUAUAGACAAAAACAAUGGAGUCUUGUGUUUCAAAUGUAAUGAAGUUGGACAUUUUGCCAGACAAUGUAAAAACGUUAAAGAAGAUCCUUUAUUGCCUGUUGAGGCAUGUGAAAAUAUCUCUAACUUUCCAACCAUAGAAGAAGUUGAAGAAAUGGUCAAAUUGAAUGGUGGUAAUGGCAGAUUUCCACCUAAAAAUGCAUCUACAUCUGAUGCUAAACAUGACGAAGCUAACAUUGACGAUCUAGAAAACUUUUCAGAUUGGGAGGAUGGUGAAAAAAGUACUAUUGAGUCCAUAGCACCGAUUCAUAAAAUACCAAAAAGUGUUUUAGAAAAAUUAAGACCACCAAGUAUUGAAGAAAUUCAACCAAUUUACAAUUUGCAACCUGAUGGUUCUUUGAUAGAUACACCAUUAGAGGUUUUAAAAGCUCUCUUGCGAUUUGGACACACAAGUUUUCGCGAAGGUCAAGAAAAAGCUAUAAUGCGUAUUUUGUCAGGGCAAUCAACUCUUGUGACUUUAGCUACUGGUUCAGGAAAAUCUUUGUGUUAUCAAUUGCCAGCUUACUUGUACUCCUCAAAAUCACACUGCAUAACUCUAGUUGUUUCCCCACUCGUGUCCCUAAUGGACGACCAAGUCGCCGGGAUACCUAACUUUUUAUCUGCGGCUUGUCUGCACACGAAUCAAACUCCAAAAGUGCGUGAGAAAGUUAUUGACGAUCUGAAAGACGGAAAAAUACAAAUUCUAUUAGUAUCUCCAGAAGCAGUUGUGGCAGGAGAGAAAUCAAGAGGUUUCGGUUCGAUAUUCCGUUACUUGCCACCAAUAGCUUUUGCCUGUAUCGACGAAGCACAUUGCAUUUCUCAUUGGUCGCAUAAUUUCCGUCCUUCUUACCUGAUGGUUUGCCGAGUAUUGAGAGAAAAAUUAGGAGUUAGUCGGAUUCUUGGAUUAACAGCUACAGCGAGCAAGUCAACCGCCUCGAAUAUUGUGACUCUUUUGGGCAUCAAAGACGGGAUGGCAGGAGUGAUAUCUGAAAAACCUUUACCAUCGAACUUAACUCUGACGAUAUCUCGCGAUGAGCAACGAGACGAAGCUCUAGUUCGAUUACUACUCAGUGAAAGAUUCGCCAAAUGCGAUUCUAUCAUUAUUUACUGUACCCGACGAGAGGAAUGCAUGAGAAUCGCAUCUACGUUGCGCGUUUCUCUCAAGCAAUUGGAAUCUAAAUGUAAAAGCAACAAGAAAGCUAAAGUAUCCUCUAUAGCCGAAGCUUAUCACGCUGGAUUAUCAGCUUACAAGCGAAAACAGGUUCAAGCAGCGUUUAUGAAGUCCGAGACGAGAAUCAUUGUGGCUACUAUUGCUUUUGGUAUGGGCAUCAAUAAACAUAAUAUCAGAUCGGUAAUUCACUACAAUAUGCCCGCAAGCUUCGAAAGCUACGUACAAGAGAUUGGUCGAGCGGGUCGUGAUGGUGAGCCUGCUCAUUGCCAUUUGUUCCUCAGCCCUCAGAUCAACUCCGACGAAUAUGAAUUACGUCGUCACAUAAACGCCAAUGGAAUAGACAGACACACGAUUAGACGACUGCUUCAGAAGAUUUUCAUUCCGUGCAGUUGCAAGGAGUCUGGCAAAGACACUCGUUGUCAAGGACACGAAGUCGCAUUCGCAGUUGAUGAUACUGUGAGUUCCCUCGAUAUAACGGAGGAAACAAUUGCAACGCUUUUGUGUUACUUGGAACUUCAUCCGAAACGAUUCGUCAAAGUACUCUCACCGGCUUAUGUCGACGCGAAGGUUAUUAGUUACGCCGGUGCUAAUGCUUUGAAAAUUGCUGCACAAAAUUCUCCACCGCUUGCAAUGGCUAUAGCUUUGUCGAUAAAGAGAGGAACGUACUUUGAGCACAAUGCUACUGUUGAAUUUCCAGUUAUUGAUACGGCUGCGACGAUUGGUUGGGAUAGUGGGUUAGUUAAGAAUCAAUUGAAAAAAUUGGAAUGGACAAGUACUGUGGAUGGAAGGAACAAACGUUCACCCAUAACAGUUACCUUCGGAACAUUAGGUUUUCGCGUCAAGGCUCCUGGUGACUUGACAGUUGAGGAACAAGAUGAAGUUCUAGAAGCGUUGAACAGACAAAGUCAAUCACAGAUGAUAUUAUCUCUUAGACAACUUAAAGCCAUUUCUAUAGCAUCUCGGAAGUUUAGCUUUCCUUCGAUCAAUCAGUGUGUAGAGUUAACAGAGGCGGCGCAACUUAAAUCUGAAGAACUAAAAACAACAAUACGAUCGUACUUUGAACAGGAUGAUCCCUUAUCGCACAUUGAGGUUUCAUUAACAGAGACGAAAGUCGAGAACGAAGCACUGAUCGUAAAUGACAUACGCAAUUUGAUUCUAAGCUAUCGAGACAAUAAUUUCACUGGACGCAGCGUUGCUCGUAUUUUUCAUGGAAUACAGAGUCCAAAUUACCCGGCUAUUGUCUGGUCCAAAUGUCGAUUUUGGAGAGCGCAUCUUACGGACGAUUUCAACGCGAUAUGUCAAUUAGCAACGAAAGAAAUUUUCAAGAUGAAGUAGAAUGUAUGUAAAUAAAUAUUUAAUGUGCUUUUUCUUCACAUAAGCUUUUCGCAAGUAUAAAUAAGUAAGUUGCAAUUACGUUCUUGUAAAAAAACUAAGUUGUAUAUACUUUUUACUUUAUUUUAAUAAUAACCAAUGUUAAUAGACUAUAACGUUUAAUUUUACCAUUUAUCUUUAAGUCUUAAUUAAUAAUUUUGUCUGAUCUAUGGGAUAAAAUGAUAUAGUUGAAGAUUGAUCUUUUUAUCUUAUGUUUAUGAACUUAGAGGUUUAUGAAAUUUAGAGGU